AUGGUCAGCCUCAAGUCCACCCUCGUCCUGGCCCUCUGCGCCGUCCUCGCCGCCGCGAACCCCAUCGCCCUCGAGAAGCGCCAGGGCACCGCCGACAUCAACCAGGUCCGCUGCGCCGACGCCCGGUACUCCCGCAAGCAGAUCGACGAGGCCACCGCCGAGGGCUGCCGCCUCUACGCCGCCAACCAGCAGCUCGGCACCAGCCAGUACCCCCACCGCUUCAACAACCGCGAGGGCCUCGCCUUCACCACCACCGGGCCCUACCAAGAGUUCCCCAUCAUCUCCUCCGGAAACUACACAGGCAGGGCUCCCGGCCCCGACCGCGUCGUCUUCGACCCUGAUUAUCGGGGCCGCUGCGUCUACGUCGGCGCCAUGACCCACACCGGCGCCCCUUCCCGCAACGGCUUCGUCGCUUGCAAUGAGACCUCAUCGACCAGCGGCGGCGGUGGUGGAAGCGGAAGCUCUGCGGCUUCAGGUGUCACUACGGGCUCAUUUGGCGUGAUACUGCCUGUGCUGUCGCUGCUUGCUCUUGCCGCCUAA